UCAAAAUUAUUACAAAGAAUUAGUAAUCAAAAUUAUAGCAAAAAUCUAAAAUCAAUUUCAAAUUUUUACUGAACAAACCUCAAGGCUUUAAACAAAAUAUAACAAAAUAUUUACAAAAUCUUUUUAUUCGUUGAAAUUGUCUUACAACAUUUUUGGGACCAAUCAUGUCCGAUAUGGACUCACCGAUGACUCCUAAGGAAAAGGAACUGCAUAAAUUCAUAAUGAUUGAGAAGCAGAAGGCACAGAUCAAUGCACAGAUACACGGAUUCAAUGAUAUUUGUUGGGAGAAAUGCAUUGGCAAGCCGGGAAAGAAAUUGGACAGAAACACGGAGGCGUGUUUGAAAAAUUGUGUUGAUCGCUUUAUUGAUACAUCACUGUUGAUAGCUCAACGUUUCACUCAGAUGGUGCAGAAAAGAGAUGCGCAUAAUAAAUAAUCAAUAUUAA